GGGGUCGCCGACUACGCCCCGCCCACCACCCCGAGCGAAUCCCGAGGGGCGGGGCCCCACCCCAGAGGCAGGAAUAUUCUCAACGCUUAUCAAUACAGAGUCCCAGUCGCGAAUUGACCUUACUCCGUGCUGGAACUCUCGCGAGAUAUCCGUUUGAAAGUGUGCGGGUGAGUUUUUGGGGGUUGUUUUUUUCGGUUUGUUGUUCGGUGUGUGCGAGGCCGUUAAGGCGAGGACUUCGGAAGACGUUACGAUAAGCUGUCAAGACGAGGUCGGACGAGGGACAUCCCGUGGAGCGCGGUUACCCGACGGCGUCUCCCUGGCCAGCGCUAUCCCUAACGGCUCACGAACUGGACCCUGUGGCAGCCGCGUGGGGACGGAAACUCUAUCCAGGCACGGGUACUUCUAGAGUUACCGGCCCUGGACUGAUGUUCGGUCUGCAUCAUCACCAAGAUGCUACCGGGCUGCACCAUCACCACCAACCUCGAGGGCCCAGCCUCAAAGAGGAGCCCUUAUCCACGGCCCGGUCGUGGAUGCAAGGAACGGUUUCCGAUCAAAAUGGGUCUCAAGUAGGUCGAGCCCAUUUCGAGAAACAGCCACCCAGCAAUCUGAGGAAAUCGAAUUUUUUCCACUUCGUCAUCGCCCUGUACGAUCGUGCCGGACAACCAGUGGAAAUCGAGCGGACUGCUUUCAUCGGCUUCAUCGAAAAGGACCAGGAAGCUGAUGGUCAAAAAACCAACAAUGGAAUCCAAUAUCGUCUACAACUCCUUUUUGCCAAUGGUGUUCGACAAGAACAAGAUAUAUACGUUCGCCUCAUUGACUCUGUUACCAAACAGGCCAUCAUUUACGAAGGACAGGAUAAAAACCCAGAAAUGUGCAGAGUACUGCUGACGCAUGAGAUUAUGUGCAGUCGAUGUUGUGACAAAAAAAGCUGUGGAAACAGAAACGAAACGCCCUCAGAUCCUGUGAUAAUAGACCGAUUCUUCCUUAAAUUUUUUCUAAAGUGUAACCAAAAUUGUCUGAAAAAUGCUGGAAAUCCACGAGAUAUGCGAAGGUUUCAGGUAGUAAUAUCAACUCAGGUUGCAGUAGAUGGACCACUUUUAGCAGUUUCCGACAACAUGUUUGUACAUAACAACUCGAAACACGGUAGAAGGGCUAAGAGACUUGACCCUACAGAAGGUUACAUCAAUAUGAUGUGCACAGGCCAAUUUCCAGGACUGUAUCCGCCUCUCCCCGUAGCCACCCCCUGCAUAAAGGCGAUCAGCCCCAGCGAGGGAUGGACGGCCGGAGGUUCUACCGUUAUCAUUGUAGGAGAUAACUUCUUUGAUGGACUACAGGUCGUUUUCGGGACCAUGCUGGUGUGGAGCGAGUUAAUAACACCCCACGCAAUAAGGGUGCAAACCCCUCCUCGGCAUAUACCAGGAGUGGUGGAAGUAACGUUAUCUUAUAAGUCGAAGCAAUUUUGUAAAGGAUCACCCGGUAGAUUUGUAUACGUAUCUUUAAAUGAACCAACGAUAGACUACGGAUUCCAAAGGCUGCAGAAGCUCAUACCAAGGCAUCCUGGUGAUCCUGAAAAACUACCCAAAGAAAUCAUCCUAAAGAGAGCAGCAGACUUGGCGGAGGCCCUUUACUCGAUGCCCAGGAACAAUCAACUCUCCCUGUCGGCGCCCAGAUCGCCCACGAUGGGCAACAACGGGAUGACGUCGACGUUCAACGCCUACACGGGCCAGUUGGCGGUCAGCGUACAGGACAACGGAAACGGUCAGUGGACAGAAGAAGACUACGGGGGGCGGACGCAAAGUAGUAGCGUGUCACCUCGCGGUGGCUAUUGCUCCAAUGCGUCGACGCCUCACUCUUCGAAUGGCGGUAGUUCGUAUGCAGGAGGUGGUGGUGGAGGGAACAUUAACGGCGGCUACGGGGGUACUACACCUACUAGUACUACUCCGCAACUGUCGAACAUGCUGCCCGCAUCGCCGUCGGCCAUCUUUAACAACACCACGCCAAUUUCACCUGAAGUACACUAUAAUUUUUCUUCGACAUAUUACAUGAAACACGAACACACGGAUAAAGAAAAAAGCGCUUUUGCUCCCGUACUCAGGGGCGGUGAAACACCCCCCGCUCCUGCUAUUUUUCACCACCAACCUGUCUCGGGUUGGCACCAUUUGGCUGUUUAAUGAAUGAGUCUAGUGUCCUCUCCUUUCGCCUCUAUGAACCCCUUCGCCUUGCCUACCUGCAACUCUCAAGGCUACGGCUCGUCAGCCGCCUUAGUGGGCAGCAAGUAGCCCGAGGACUGUUCGCCCACCAGCCCUCACACCCCCCACCACAACGUUUCGUCCCC